GGCAAGCUAGGGAGCUUCCUCACCCAUUUUAUUCGGAAUUUUCUACAUUCAUAUCCACCAAUCACCAUUUCGUCAUUUGGGUCUUCUCCUCUCUCUCUCUCUCUCUCUCUCUGUUUCUUCAAUCUUUCCCCAAAAUCAAUUCCAUCUCUCAGAGUAUCAAGGUUUCAGGCUAAAGAAGAUUUGCGGACAGGGUUUUAGCUAAGAUAUCCCACUUUGUAAUUAAAUGGGGAUGUCUUUUUCCUGCCCUUUUGCUGAAUUUGAUGAUCUGGAGGAUGAUUGGUAUAAAACAGUCAUCGUGAGACCCAUCAAUUUUGAUGGUGAGGAUGGCAGGACGCCACUGCGAUCUGUCAGUUUCAAUGGCCGGGAUUUAGAGCCCACCAUACUAAAAUCUUUUGGCUCCGGAAAGAUGAUCAUAGAAGGUUCUGUUAGCUUUAAAAGUAUGGAAAUGGAGACCAUGCUCUCAAUAUCAGACGCGCAAAACAAUGUGGUUCUCAGACCAGUCAGUUUUAAGAAGAAAGAAAGUGGUACACUAGUUCCCGAACCCGACGACUCUUGUGAAAUGUUCACCCCAAGGUGCUCGCCGGAUUUUGACAGCCCCAAGCAUGAGGCGGCGGUGAAGUUGCAGAAAGUGUACAAAAGCUUUCGAACCAGACGAAAGCUCGCGGACUGUGCAGUUCUUGUGGAGCAGCAAUGGUGGGGGUUGCUAGACUUUGCCGAGCUCAAGCGGAGUUCUGUAUCAUUCUUUGACAUCGAGAAACAAGAAACUGCCGUGUCUCGAUGGUCAAGAGCGAGAAGAAGAGCUGCCAAGGUCGGGAAAGGUUUGUCCAAGGAUGACAAGGCUCAGAAACUUGCUUUACAGCAUUGGCUUGAAGCUAUUGAUCCCCGACACCGUUAUGGACAUAAUCUCCACUUGUAUUAUAUCAAUUGGCUCCAUUGCGAGAGCAGACAACCCUUCUUCUACUGGCUGGACAUAGGAGAUGGGAAAGAUGUCAACCUUGUUGACUGUCCCCGAUCAAAGCUUCAACAACAGUGCAUCAAGUACCUCGGUCCAGCUGAAAGACAGGCUUAUGAAGUUGUGGUGGAAGAUGGGAAGUUCAUCUACAAGCAGACUGGGAAAUUGGUUGACACAUCUCAAGGACCUAAGGAUGCGAAGUGGAUCUUCGUUCUCAGCACAUCCAAGACCUUGUAUGUUGGACAGAAGAAGAAAGGAGUGUUUCAACACUCAAGCUUCUUGGCUGGAGGAGCCACUUCUGCAGCUGGGAGAUUGGAUGUGGAAAAGGGUAUACUAAAGGCAGUCUGGCCACACAGUGGACAUUACCGUCCAACAGAAGAAAAUUUUCAAGAAUUCAUGACAUACCUCGAGGAACAUAAUGUGGAUCUCACGGAUGUGCAGAAGAGUCCAACAGACGAGGAAGAAGGACCAUUUAAAAAACAGAAGAGUCUUAGGGGGAACCGUUCUGAGCAGCACCUGGUUCAGAAGGUGACAGAUGUUGAGAAAGAGGGCGUCAACACCAACAACCUGACUGGAGAGACAACUGCUUCAGUGAAACAAGAUACUAAUGAAAUGGCAGAACCAGAGGAGUCGGCAAGGAAUCAUCUUUUGAAAAGAAGAUUGACUAACCUUCUAAUACCAAAAAGAAACGAUCUGUUUGAUCCAUCAGAGAAGCAAGGUCUGUCAAUUGGAAUAAUGGGGUCUGAACAAGAUUUUGUAGUUCCUAAGAGGAAUUUGCUUGAGGAUGAGGAAGAAAAUAAAGACCAAGUUGUUCCAAAAGAAUCAAUCCUCGAGAGGAUUAAUUCAAAGAAAGGAAUGAAGUCAUAUCAAUUGGGGAAGCAGCUAUCUAGCAAAUGGACAACAGGUGCUGGACCCCGUAUUGGUUGCUUGAGAGACUAUCCCUCUGAGCUUCAACUAAGAGCCUUGGAGAAAGUAGAUUUGUCUCCAAGAGCUGAUGGGAACUCUAGAGUUUACUUCUCUCCUAGAAGUAUGACUGGAAUGAGCCCAAAGUUGGCACCUUACACUCCUAGAAAUAUGACAGGACUGAGCCCAAAGCUUCCACCUCAUUCUCCUAGAAAUAUGACAGGACUGAGCCCCAAGUUGCCACCUCGCUCUCCUAGAAAUAUGUCAGGACUGAGCCCCCAGUUUUCACCUCACUCUCCGAGAAGUAUGACAGGACUGAGCCCAAAGUUGCCACCUCACUCUCCAAGAAACAUGGCAGGACUGAGUCCAAAGUUGCCUACACCAACCUCUCUGUGGAUGGAAACCACAGCAACCCCAAGAGCUGCUCCUGCUUUCAGAUAAGGAGGGACAACAACCCCUGGUUCACCUGUUCUUUUGUUUCUAGACGAUAUUGUAGAGGAAUUCUUUUGCACUGUUUCAUUCUUUUAUUUUUAUCUUUUUUAGAUCCUUUAGUGGAAUACCAAAUUGUACAAUUACUUUGGGCUUUAACGCCCUCUAAAGGAGAAGAAG